UGUUGAAAAAGGUGUGUGCGCACCCUAGAAGUAGUUUCACCCUGGGCAUCUAGAUGGAGCCACAUAAGUUGAAAUCUUCAUAACCUAAAUUGUCAUUGAACUACUUUUCUAAUUUUCUAUUCUAUUUCCGAUUUGCUAGCCACGAGGUGGCUUUUUGCUUUUUCUUUAUAAAUAACUUAAAUAUCUAAAAUUAUACCAUAAAACUAAGAUUUGUAACUCCAUGCAAAUUAAAUUCGUGUUUUAUUUGCGAGUUAACAAAAAAGUUUUAGUUGUGGCCAAUUCGCCCAACAUUUUACAAAUCUUAUUUGAGAUAAACCAAUAAGAAAAAUGCCACCCAAAGUGACACCAGAACCGGUCGAUGAAGAGUACAACUGCCGCAGCUGUAAAGAGCCCGACUCAGCCGAAGACAUGGUCCAGUGCGACCAGUGCAACGAGUGGAAUCAUUUUAGCUGCGCCGGUGUGAACGUCAGCAUAGAAGAAAAAUCAUAUCUAUGUCAGAUAUGCCAAGGUAAGAGUAAGUGUAGCGUAGCUAGUGUUUCAGGAGCGGGUUUCGCAACUGCAAUAAGUGGGGUUAGUACAAAAGCCAAUAGCCAAUCGUCACAAACACCAGCAACAACUACUGCAACGUUAGUGCAAAGCGCUGUCACGCUUCCUGCGACAAAUGCAGCCGAAUUUGCUGCUUUAGUCGGAAGUUCAGCCGUUUUUACAACUCCAACUACUACUAUAUCUUCCCAAAGUUCAGCAGCAUUCCCUGCGUAUAGUGCGGCCGAAGAUGCUGCCAUGCGUGGGAGUUUAGCCAAUGAGACAACAACACUGAAUGCUGCCUUCUAUGAGUCACUAUCAGCAAUACAUAACCCUGCUGCAUCCGCCCAAAGUUCUGUGAAAGUUUCUGCGCAUAGUGCGGCCGAAGUUGCUGCCAUGUGUGGAAAUCUUUUUCUUUCUAACCCUUCCGCGUACUAUAGCCAACCAUACCCCUUCGCGACAACUUCUACUCAGAACGUGUUUGGGUUGCCAACCUUACCCCCGUAUGCGGAUACAUUCUUAUCAAAUGCCCACAGUCGUAUGACCCUCGCGCACCGUGUACCUUUAACAUCUUUAUUAAGCAACGGACACUUCUCAGCAACAAAAAAAACUUCAACUCAAGGUCUUGUGCUAGCCGAGGAUGAUCGAACUUCAAAGGCUCCGUUCCAACCACCGAGACCUAACUCCAGCAGUUCACAAUCCUCGAAAUGUUCUUCAACUAAGCGACUCCAAAUAGAGCUGCAGAAAAUCGAAGAGGAAAGGCAGUUGAGGGAAAGUCGCGACAAAGAAGAACUCAAGCUACGAAAAGAAAGGGAUGCCGAGUACAUAACCAAAAAGUACCAAAUUAUGAAUCAAGUUUUUAGCUCCUCGGACGAUGACGAUGAGGCUCCCCAUGGUUUAGAGACGAUGAAAAAUAAAAGUGCGAAGGCAAAAGUGAAUGUUAGUAAGUGGAUUGACGGAACAACACAGAAGGAUUACCUGCACUCCACGACGAACGUGAACCCCAGUCCCCUUGACCUCAUGCCGAUUACUUCUCAACACCAACACAUUUCUAAUACGUGUAGCGGCGCUGAAGGGAAAUCAUCGUUCAUCACUAACCAACAUCAGUCGUCUCCCGCAGCUGUCAUUCCAGGUUCUACCCAGUUCCAUUCUGCCGGUGAGGAAGUUCUGUUACCAAAGCCCGACCAUCAACACAACACAGCCGCAGUUAAUUUUUUAAUGCCAACAUCACAGCGUGUUCAAAACAAUCAACAGGGUGUUCAAAACAAUCAAACUCAUCAGCAUUCUCAAGAACAAAACCCCGAACACCAACCGUCCUCUCAAUAUUUGCCCUCGUUCAACAAUAUGCAACAAUAUACGCCCUCAAAUAAUUUUUUAACGAAAAAUAAUUUAGCAGCGCGUCAUUUAAUCCGAGACUUGCCUGCUUUCGAUGGAAACCCCUCGGAAUGGCCACUAUUCAUCGCAAGUUUUAAUCGGAGCACUGAACUGGGUGGUUUUAGCGAUGAGGAAAAUCUCAUAAGACUACACAAAGCUCUUAAAGGUGGGGCAUUAGAGGCAGUAAGAAGCUUGAUCAUUCAACCUAAUUGUGUAGGACGUGUCAUCGAGACCUUGAGGAUGCUGUACGGCAGACCCGAAUUGAUUAUAAACACGCUGAUUCGAAAGAUUACUUCCACACCCUCGCCCAAAGCAGAAAAACUCGAAACUAUUGUCACAUUUGCAAUAGCAGUGCAGAACCUCUGUGCUACAAUCGAAGCCUGUGGUAUAGUCGACCAUCUCAACUACCCCAUGCUGAUGCAAGAACUUGUGGACAAGCUUCCACCUGCCCUUCGGCUUAAUUGGGCCAUCCACAAGCAAUCACUACCGCUAUGCACACUCGUACACUUCAGUUCGUGGAUGUAUACGAUGGCCGAAGCUGCAAAUGGGGUUCUGGUCACAGCUCCUUCCACAUAUGCAGAAGAGAAGAAACGCACCAAAUGGAAAGAUAAAGGAAUCGUAAACGCCCACUACAGUCAAACCAACCCAGAAAACAAGUGCUAUGUCUGCGGUGGCAGCUGUUCUUCAGUGGCAGAGUGUAAGAAGUUCGUGCAAUCGAGCCGCACCGCUCGAUGGGAGGAGGUGAGAAGGCACCGCCUUUGCUGUAAAUGCCUUAAAAAACAUUUGAAUCAGAGAUGCAAGACAGAAGCCCUGUGUGGAAAAAACAAUUGUACGUUAAAACAUCAUCAGCUCCUACACAACGACCAAAAACAACCUACGGAUGGGACGGUCGGAAUUCAUUCCGAAAGUACAUCUUAUAAUACAGAUUCUGUGCUGUUCCGAGUCGUGCCCGUAUUCCUUUAUGGAAACGGAACAAAAAUAAAGGUGUUUGCGUUUCUGGACGAUGGAUCAUCCGUAACGUUAAUGGAUGAAGAUCUCGCCAAGCAGUUGAACGUGAAAGGAGAGUCACGACCUCUGUGUCUGAAGUGGACUGGAAACACUUCCCGAUUUGAGCGUAAAUCCAAGUUAAUCAACCUACAAAUAUCAAGCACAACCGCCAACGCAAAGAAGUUCCCACUAGCAAAUGUACACACUGUUGAGAAACUAUGCCUACCAGCCCAAACACUCAAUUCCGAUGAGUUGCGGAAGAAGUUUGAACAUCUAAGAGGACUCGACAUAGAUCCAUACAACAAAGCCGUUCCACUGUUGCUUAUAGGUCUCGAUAAUACACAACUUGGAUUCCCGAUUAAAUCUAAAGAAAGAGGUCCAAAUGAACCGGUUGCGACAAAAACUCGCCUAGGUUGGGUGAUUCAUGGAAAGUGUGUCGAAGAAGCAAACAGGUCUGAUAAAACUCACAGCUUUCAUGUUUGCGAAUGCAAUGACCCCGAGCUACGCCGCCUUGUGAAAAACUUUAUUUGCGAUGAUAAUUUCGGAACACACGAGUUGAAAAAGCUAAUGAUGUCUGACGAUGAUGCCCGAGCUUUGAAUCUGCUGAACACCCGUACAGUUCGCAAGAAUGGGAGAUUCGAAACGACACUUCUCUGGAGAAUUGAUGAAUUUCAACUGCCUGAUAGUUAUCCGAUGGCCAGAAAACGACUAGUCUGUCUACAAAAGAGAAUGCAGCGUGACCCAGUUCUAGCUGAAAAGUUAAAUAGUAAAAUCGAUGAAUACGUCAGAAAAGGAUAUGCACGAAGAAUCACCCACCAAGAGAUUGUGGAGAAUAAGGACCGUUCAUGGUACUUACCAGUUUUUCCUGUGGAAAAUCCAAAUAAACCUGGAAAAAUUAGGAUCGUUUGGGACGCUGCUGCUGCAGUUCGCGGGACUUCACUCAAUUCCUUACUCCUCAAAGGCCCUGAUCAACUUACUCCUCUGACGUCCGUCAUCUAUAAAUUCAGACAACACAAGAUCGCGAUUUGUGGGGAUAUAAUGGAAAUGUACCACCAAGUCGGUAUUCGAGAGGAGGACCAACAUUACCAGCGUUUCUUGUGGGGCUAUGGCGAAGAAGGGCAACCCGAUACAUACAUUAUGAAAGUGAUGACCUUUGGGGCAACUUGUUCCCCAUGUACCGCACAUUUCGUCAAAAAUACCAACGCCGAUAACUUUGCAGCUGAAUUUCCAAGAGCGGCCUGUUCUAUUAAGGAAAAUCAUUACGUAGAUGACCUGAUGGAUAGUGUUCCGACUGAGGAAGAGGCCAUCACAUUAGCUCAGGAGAUUCGACACAUUCACAAGCAGGGUGGGUUUCACAUCAGAAACUGGGUUUCCAAUUCGUCCGCAGUUCUAAGAGCACUUCAAUCAGAACCAACAGAACAAAAAAGCAUGAACGCCGAUGUUGAACUAGGUACAGAAAAGGUGCUUGGGAUGUGGUGGUGCACCUCUUUAGACUGCCUUACGUUCAAGCUUACUACAAACCCAAAUCAAAGGGAAAUUCUUUUCGGGUCAAAACGUCCAACUAAGCGUGAAGUCCUCAGAGUUAUGAUGACAAUUUUUGAUCCUUUAGGACUUAUAUCGUGUUUCCUCAUGUACAUCAAGAUUCUGCUCCAAGAAAUCUGGCGAUCUAAAAUAGAGUGGGAUGAUGAAAUCAAAAACGAUGAAUACAAAAAAUGGCUGAAAUGGGUGCAUCAUCUAUCCAAAGUCGAGAAGGUUAAGAUUCCAAGAUGUUACGUGACUUCAACUCUGGGCUCCGAUGUACAAUUGCAUGUUUUCGUCGACGCCAGCGAAAACGGUUUCGCGGCGGUAGCGUACAUAAGAAGUUCCAACAACGGGCUAGUGGAGACUAGUCUUAUAGGGGCGAAAACUCGUGUAGCACCUCUUAAGGCCUUAUCAAUUCCUCGCUUGGAACUGCAGGCAGCGCUACUUGGAGCAAGAUUCGCUAAAUGUAUCACAGAGUCACACGGCAUUUCCUUUGGCAAACAAUACUUCUGGUCAGACUCCAAAACCGUUUUGUGUUGGCUCCGAUCUGAUCACCGCAGAUACCGGCAGUACGUAGCAUUUCGAGUUAGCGAAAUUUUAGAACUUACCGAUAUAGAAGAAUGGAAAUGGAUUCCUACAAAUAUGAACGUUGCGGACGAAGCCACAAAAUGGCAAAAACCUCCAGAGUUCAAAGACACUAGCCGAUGGUUCAAUGGACCAGCUUUUUUGAAAUCCUCUGCAGAUCAAUGGCCGCAGGAAGUUGUCGUGGGUUCUACAAUUGAAGACCUUAAAACUAACUUUGUUGCCAUUCAUACUUUCGGUCGAGAUACUAUUUUCCGAUUCAAUGAAAUCCCUACCUGGUGGAAGCUGCUUAGGACAAUUGAAGACCUUAAAACUAACUUUGUUGCCAUUCAUACUUUCGGUCGAGAUACUAUUUUCCGAUUCAAUGAAAUCCCUACCUGGUGGAAGCUGCUUAGGAGUACGGCGUAUGCCCUUCGAUUUGUGCACAACACAAGCACUAAAAGAAACAAGACAAUCAAGGUGAGUGGCCUUUUGUCACGUGAAGAACUACAGAACGCGCAAAACGAACUGUUAAGAGAAGCACAAAUUUGUGAAUACGCCGAAGAGGUUGCAGACUUAACCAUGAACCGUUGUGUCGAGAAAAGCAGUCCGCUUUUUAAUCUGUGCCCCUUCCUGGAUGAAAAUCGUCUCAUUCGAACCAAUAGCAGAAUCCGUUUGGAAGAAAAACUCAGCCUGGACUUCCGACUACCCAUUAUCCUGCCAAGAUUUCAUCGCAUAACCACUCUUAUUAUCGAAGAUGUUCAUCAUCGUUACAACCAUCAAAACGAUGAAACUGUGGUAAAUAUUCUUCGCGAAAACUUUUACAUUUCUCAGGUGCGAUCAGCUUUGAGAGCCAUCAAGAAAGAUUGUUCGCAGUGCAAGAUUAAUAGAGCAUCUCCACGCCCUCCAAUCAUGGCACCACUUCCACAGGCGCGACUCGCGUCUUUCUGUCGACCAUUUUCGUACGUUGGCGUCGACUACUUUGGCCCCCUUUUGGUUACUGUAGGUCGAAGAACUGAAAAGCGCUGGGGAGUGCUUCUAACCUGUCUCACCAUAAGGGCAGUCCACAUAGAAGUUGCCCAUACCUUGACUACAGAUUCAUGUAUCCUCUGUAUCAGAAACUUCAUUGCCAGAAGAGGAACGCCCAUCGAGUUUCAUAGCGACAACGGCACUAAUUUUCACGGCGCAGAACGGGAGCUACGGGAAGCGGCUAGUUGUAUCCAGAGUGAUAGAUUGGCGGAAACAUUUACUACUACAAGCACUCAAUGGAAAUUUAUACCACCGGCUUCACCGCAUAUGGGUGGUAGCUGGGAGCGCUUAGUACGCUCCAUUAAAAACGCCCUUUAUGCUAUUGCGCCGACAAGGAAUCCGAAUGACGAAUUGCUGCGCAGUAUGUUGAUAGAAGCAGAAAAUAUAAUUAAUUCACGGCCCUUGACAUACAUUCCAAUAGAUCCUGCAAAUCCAGAAGCUCUCACACCUAACCACUUUUUAUUAGGCUCGGCCAGUGGUUCCAAACCUUUGGUGGAAUUUAACGACGACGUGACAGUGCUACGUAAAAAUUGGCUCACCUCACAGCAGUUUGCGGACCGCUUCUGGAAGCGCUGGGUAGCAGAAUACUUGCCCACACUUACCAGGCGUACAAAAUGGUUCACACCCGCAAAACCUUUAGAGGUCGGCGAUAUAGUCCUGGUCGUUGACCCAACUAGUCCCAGAAACAGUUGGGCUAAAGGACGAAUAAUCAAAGUUAAGCUUUCAAAAGACGAUCAAGUACGAAGCGCUUUCAUACAAACGCAGAGUGGAAUCUACGAAAGACCUGCCGUCAAAUUGGCCCUUCUCGACAUCAAAGCUCCCAAUGAGUCCCCAGGAGAAACUACCAAGGGGGAGUGUUGAAAAAGGUGUGUGCGCACCCUAGAAGUAGUUUCACCCUGGGCAUCUAGAUGGAGCCACAUAAGUUGAAAUCUUCAUAACCUAAAUUGUCAUUGAACUACUUUUCUAAUUUUCUAUUCUAUUUCCGAUUUGCUAGCCACGAGGUGGCUUUUUGCUUUUUCUUUAUAAAUAACUUAAAUAUCUAAAAUUAUACCAUAAAACUAAGAUUUGUAACUCCAUGCAAAUUAAAUUCGUGUUUUAUUUGCGAGUUAACAAAAAAGUUUUAGUUGUGGCCAAUUCGCC